GUAACACACGAGGCAAACACGAGGCCCCGCACCGCCCAUCCCGCUUCCACGUAUGUUCUAUGUUUACACCCGCCCUUGAUCACUCCGGUCCGUAUCUUCCAAAUUUUAUUCCGCCCAAGAACCACACCGCACCCCUACAGCAUGCCCGACGAAUUCAAGAAUCCGUCAACUUAAACUUUGUUCUUCACCUCCCUUUGCUCUUUUCGCUUUUUGCCUCGUUUUUCUUUUCAUCUUUCUUCCAAAUUCGUCUAAUCGUGCCUGACAAUAUCCUUUUCAAAUUUUCAUUCGUCCUCUCGUCCCCAGCGUUACCUCCGUCACUACCCUCAGCGUUCAUCACGCCUCGAUUUCUACUCUUCAUGACAUAUCCUGACAUCAUUCAUAUCCACACUUGUAUCCGGCAUCUUCAAUUUUUUCUAACCGGCACAGCAUAUUGCCUCCCUAAUGGCCCAAAUCCUCCAGACGCCAGGAACUACAAUGUCCAAUCUUAUUUAUUUUCGUAGCUCGUGUCCUCCUCGAGGUUCCGUGAGCUAACGUUUUCCACCAAAUUCCCGACAUCCUCUGACUAGAAUGCCAUUCUUGACUUAUCGGCGGCUGUGUAAUUAUUGUUACAGGCGUAACGCAAGUAAUUUCUCAAAAUUCGUAAUACCCUAGCUUCGAUUCUGCGCUCGUCGGCGAUAAUGUCAGCAUCCAGUGUUUUUGCU